CACAUACCUACUCUAACACAUAAAUACGCGCGUGCACACACAUUUAACUGCAUUUUCACUCUGCUUGAUAAUAGUUUUGUUUCGCGACUGUGAAGACUUCAAAGUAUUUAGUCAGCCAGUUGUCGUUUGACUGCGGCCAUGCUGGAGCACCGCCUUUAGUCGAGCAAAUCGACCCCAAGACUUAUUAUUUAAAAAAUUUGAAGAAGCCAUGUAUGAUGACCAAUCAGAUUUCAUCCAGUCUGUAUAUCAUGAAGUCUCUUCAUCUUCAAUUUAUAAUCAUCUAGAGACCCCUCACUCGAAUUUUCACGGUGCCUUUUCAUUCUCAGAAGCUGGUAUUUGUGAAGGUUCUGUUGACACUCCUUAUUUUCCUCAUGCACCGUCACAUUUGGAACCUGAAGGAGAUGAGACAGAUAAGCUUCUUCAUAAUUUUGGUAAAUAUUUUAAUGAAAAACUCAACAAAGAAGUUAACACUCUCUAUAGAUCGCUUUCACUAAUGGUUAAUGAACAGAAAAUUCAUGUGAAACAAAUCAUAAAUGCAGCAAUAAACUAUGACUUUAAGCAGCAAUCAGUAUCUGGAAUAACUCAGCCUACAGCUGAAGAUGCUAGUUUUCUCCCAUCUGAGGGAAGUGAUUUACUCCAAGAGUUCGAAUGCAGUAAUUCUCUUGAAAGAGAGCCUGAAGUUCAAGCAUCUAAAGAGAGAUAUAUAAUCCAGCUUUUAACGCUAUCAUCAAUGAUCUCACUUCACUUAAAUGAAAAAACAGAAAAGAUUUGAUAUAUUUUUUAAAUGGUUAUUAUUCAAUUAUUUUUGUGUUAUUGUUGUAGUUGAUAAUUAUAUAAAGAUUUUGAAAUGUUUUCUUUUUUAAAUUAAUAUUUUUGAGUUAAAAUAGAAUACUAAUGUUAGAAAUAAUGGUAGUAUUAUUUUAUUAAAACAUUUUGAGCUUUAUAGACAUUUUACUUAGAACAUCUAUUUAAACACUGAUUGUGAAGCUUCUAGUUCUUUUGAAACUCACUUCUUAUUUCAUCUCCUAUACCCUGAAAUUUAAAUCCUGUUGAAUGGGGUUUAUGAGUUGAUAUUUCUGGAAAGGCUUAGGGAUUAUCUAUUUUGUUAAUCAACAGAAGUAAAGUGCAAUGAUUUUGAGACCAUAAAUAAUGAACUUGAGAGUCCUAACAGUAAACUUGGAUACAAGUUAUAUUUAAUGGUUAAGAUCCACAAAAGUUGAAUCACUGACUUUGUUACAAAGUACAGUUAAAUAAGAGAAAUACAGAGGAGGUAUUUUAUGUAAUAUGUGCAGAACAGGUAUAAACUUGUUUUGAGCGAAGUAAUAGUAAACUAAUUUCAAUGGUGCAUUGACUGAUCUUUCAAAUCAAAUAGCCAUGCUAUAUCCUAACAUUACAGACUAUAGUAAUAGUAAUAGUUUAGUUGAAACUAUAGGUUGUUUCUCUUACUUAGCUGUGAGAUUAAGGAGAUGAACUACUGAUGACAUAACCAUAAGUUUAGAUCUUACUAUAGUCAUUGUAUUGUGCCCUGUUUGCCUGACUGGGCAAAAAACUGGUUUCCAUUCAUACUUCAUGAUUGAGUGGUUAGAAAUAAAAAGGGCAUCAUCAAGCUGUAAAAACAAAUGCACCAACAACUUAACAAUUUUAGUAUAGGAACUUUGGGAAAAUGGAUGCAAAAAGUAAAGAAAAAAUAGAAGACUGCUUAGUUAAUGACAAUGAUGGCAGGAAAAGUUACUGUUCUUGUUAUCAAUAUGAAUGAUUUGUGCUUUGUCAAAAGUAGGUUUAAGCUAAUACAUAUGUGAUACAGUAAAAUAGUAAAACAAUUAAGACUUUGCCUUUCAUCCUUUCAGGGUCGAUAAAUUAAGUACCAGUUGCAUACUGAGGUUGAUCUAAUCAACUAGCUCCCUCCCCAAAAAUUUCAGGACUUGUGCCUAGAGUAGAAAAGAAUAUUUAUGUCCAUAUCUUCUGUCUAAUCAAAGAGAAAUGUGUGGAUGUGUGUUAAGGUGUGAAAUGCUGAGAAAAAUUCGGCUGAUGAUAAAACUAAAAUACUUAUUACACACAAAUUUGUGUUUAACAAAGUAAAUAACUACAGACAGAAAUGCCACUUUAGACUUACAAAGAAAACAUGAAAUAGCUAAAUUAAAAUAUGAAACUAUCAACUGUUGUAAUAAUAAACAUGACUAAAGGCUAAACUUUUAACCAACCUUUGUAUGUCUUUAAUAAUAAAACUUUAAGCAUUUUAAAUAUAAGUUUCAUUAUUUCAAAAAUGUUUUUUUUUUUAUAUAAUUUGUAUAUUAAAUGCUUCAAAAUAACUUCAAUUCAUACAAUGAAAACUGCAUGUACUUCCAAAAAAUAAUUUUAUUAAUAAAACAAUGAAACAUUG